AUGGGGGGCGCGCUCGUGCUCGCGCUGCUGGCCGCGGCGCGCGCCGGCGAGCCCAACGCCACAGACUUCGAAAUCCUCACCACAACACCCGGCGAGGAGGACAAACCUGUGCCGCUCUUCCCCACAGACCUCUUCAGCGAGGAGCAGCGCCGCUCCGGCGCUGUCAUCUUCCACGUGAUCGGCAUGGGCUACAUGUUCGUGGCGCUCGCCAUCGUGUGCGACGAGUUCUUCGUGCCGUCACUGGACGUCAUCAUCGAGCGGCUGGCCAUCCGCGACGACGUGGCGGGCGCCACCUUCAUGGCCGCCGGCGGCUCCGCGCCCGAGCUCUUCACCUCCGUCAUCGGCGUCUUCGUGUCCUUCGACGACGUGGGCAUCGGGACGAUCGUGGGCUCCGCGGUGUUCAACAUAUUGUUCGUGAUCGGUGCAUGCGCGCUGUUCUCCCGCACGACGUUGAGUCUGACUUGGUGGCCGUUGUUUCGCGACUGUACCUUUUACUCGAUCAGUCUGUUAGUGUUGAUAUACUGUUUCCGCGACAGCGAGAUCUACUGGCAGGAGGCGCUGGUGUUGUUCUCGCUGUACGGCGCGUACGUGAUGUUCAUGAGGUGGAACCAGCCCGUGGAGCGAGCGAUGAAGAAGCUCAUCUACAAGAACAAGGUGACUCGCGUGAGGAGCACGGACCAGCUGAUGCCGACGCACCAGGCAGCCGCUCAGACCUUGCACGGCAACGCGACGACAUCAAGCGAGACGUCGGUGGGCACGAACACAGCGACGGGAGCGACCCCAUCAGCAGGGCCCAGCAAAGCGCCCCCUGCUGCCAAGUUCCGCCACGGUCUGCUGCAGCUAAUGAUACACACCAUCGACCCCAUGCACGACGGUGAGUUAGGAAAAGUCGAUGAAAAAGCGACGCAGUUGCACGCGAUUGCCUCGUUGAAGGUGCUUUUGGAAGCCACCAGGCCGACGGCGGGGGGCGCGGGGGCGACGGCGGCGAGGCACUCCGCCGCGGCCACACAGGCCAAGGAGACCCCGCUGGACCUGCCCAACGGUGGCCUUCAGGAUAAGCAAUUAGAUGCUAUAGAAGAGAUAGGAGAUCUGGAGGACGACACGACGCCUUUAGAUAUGUCGUGGCCUUCAGGGUUCCGCAAGCGAGUGACGUACUUGUUAGUCGCGCCAAUUGUCUUCCCACUAUGGAUCACCCUCCCGGACACGCGGACUCCGAGGGGGAAGAACCUAUUCCCUAUAACAUUUAUAGGGUCAAUAGUUUGGAUAGCGUUUUUCUCGUACCUUAUGGUGUGGUGGGCCAACGUGGCUGGUGCCACGGCCGCCAUUCCUCCAGAGGUCAUGGGGCUGACCCUGCUAGCAGCGGGGACGUCGGUGCCAGACCUCAUCACGUCGGUCAUCGUCGCAAGAAAGGGUUUCGGCGACAUGGCCGUCUCGAGCUCAGUCGGCAGCAAUAUUUUUGAUGUUACUGUUGGUCUGCCUCUCCCCUGGCUCUUAUACGGGCUGAUCAACGGAGCACCGGUCCAGGUCAACUCCAAGGGCAUGGUGUGCAGCAUAGUGCUGCUCUUCGCCAUGCUUCUCUUCGUGAUCCUCAGCAUCGCCUGCUUCAGGUGGAAGAUGAACAAGGGCCUAGGGCUUACCAUGUUCAUGCUGUACUUCGUCUUCGUGGCCGUCAGUUUGGGACUGGAAUACGGCUACCUGCAUUGUCCUAGCGAGUAAGGGUAUGGAGAGGUUGUGGUUAUUCUGAAGAUAAUGUGCUGUGAGGUCGUAGAAUGACUUUGGUUUGAUGGCUUAUCCAAUUAUUGAAAAAAUCAGUGAGACAAGUAUUGAGUCUACAGUAACACCCUCAUGAAACCAUGACAGUGGAAGUCUACCAAUCAAAAUACAUCUUUGCGUUCAUACUAUGACGUUUUUUGGAGAUUUGAAGAUGUUGAAAAAGAAUGAAGAAUCAGAGUUGUGUAUUUUAUUGGUUUCGCUGCCAAGGUUUUGUGAUCGAGGUGUGCUAUUGGCGUUAAUGUUUUAUUAGUAUGAUAGAUGGUAAUUUUGUUAUUUUACUGUUAAUUUCUAUUAUUGUUUUGAAGUAGGUUAGUACGAUUUUGAAAUUUCAAGUGGUUGAACACAACAGAAAGAUGCCACUGCUUGGAAUUUCAGAGCCUGUUCUUUUUUAGUUGGAUACGAAAUUAAAAGGAAGAUAUUUGGAUGAAAUGAAGACCUCACACACCAGCAUAUGAUGCUAUGUUGACUAUUCUUAGAGGCCUUGAUAAGACUUAGAGCAGUACGAAACUUGAGAUACCUCCAAAAUUUACUGGAUUAUAAAUAUUUCCGCUAGGUAGACUCGUUACAAUAUGCUUAGCAAAACUUUAUUAAGUUAUAGAAGGUUCGAAAUACUUAGUGACUGAAGAGAGUAGUCGACAUAGUAAUGUUACAAUUUCAAGCUUAUAAGAGUCAAGGAGUAUUUACUAUAAGGGCCACUUGUGAAAUAGCACAAAGAUCAACAUUUUGGUUAGGAUGUAGAAAUAGAAUGCGCUAAAAAUGUUAUAUGUGAUUGUGAAUGAUAGAACCACCCACAGAACAUGUUAUUUUGGUGAAACCAAUUGUUUUAGUUACGCUAAGGCCACACUACAGAUGAAGGCAUUAUUUGGGCCAAUCUUGGGCGCCCAAAAUUGGUGUCAAAGGUUGGUUGCUGGUUGAGAGAUCUUAAGUUGCAGAAUCAAAGCUAAAGUCUUUUGCUUCAAGUAAACUGAGAGAAGUAAAGAGUAAAAAUGAAGGAAAUGUUCGGAAAAUUUGAAACGGUAUUUUGAGGCAGAUUUGUGAUAAGUUUUGGCGUCGUGUAUAAAAUGUGAACAGCGUAACUGUAGUACUAAACUCUUUUGGUCAAAACAUAGUCCCAUAUGAAACCACAAUCACUUUGUUUUGACCAGAUACAGAAAAAGUAAAUGAUACGCUUUCAAAUAUAAUAAUUUGGUAGAAUUGAUCAAUUCUAGCUACUUUAUUUGAAGCAAACUACGGGGUGUUAAUUACAUUGAGUGGUAAGUAAAUUAAUCAAACCAGUAAUGAUAAUACAGAAAAUUAAUGAUCACCUGACCUAGUGGUACGGGACUGUCAAGUAGGUACUGUUAUGGAUUUGAAUCCAGAGGGUGAAGUGUUGUAAUGAACAUGACAAUUUAUGCAUGAAAUCGUUAUCGUUAACGUAUGUAUGUAAAGUAUCAUUAAUACGUACUAAAUCGAUAUCUGGUCAUCUUAGUACAAGUUCCACUAGAUUUGGAGAUUAGUAAUAAUCGUAAUACCUUAGUUUAGGUGUUAUAGUUGAAACACGUAUUAUUUAAAAUUUUGAUGUUGUCUCCAUUAAUUUUUGUUACAGUAACGUUUCUUCAUGAUGGCAUUUCAAUCAAUAUCUUGUAACUUUCGACUUACAAAGCCAAAGUCGGUAGUGUAGUCUUAGCAAAUUUUGGAUUUUCUGUCGUUCACACAUUUACUUUACGAAUUUGGUGUUACAUAUUUUAUAAUAAUAUUAAUUGAAUUGUAAUCCGUUCAUUUAUAACUAGUUGUAGAGUUUAAUUUUAAAAUUAGUUUUAGUUGUUUAGAUGUUGCCAUAGCACACGUUUUGUAAAUUUACAUUGCUCAAAUACUAUGUUUUCUAUGCUUUGCUAUAGGUUCUUUAGGUGUUUUAAUUAACGUGAAUGCUUUAAUAGAUGGUUUAAAAGUACAAGAGAGAAACGAGCACCAAUAUUAAAUAAGGAUAAAGAUUAAUAUAAACGAAUAUAAACUAUGAAGUCACGAUAAAAAUAUUCCUAUGAAAUGCAAUAAAUAUGACGCUUCAAUGGUUUACCUACUCAGAGUAGUUCGUGUAAGUGAGAUAAGUAACGAUGAAAUCAUUUUUAUAUCAGAAAGUUUAAUUGAUGAAGUUGUAUAGCCAUCAAUAGAGACUGUAGUUAAAUAUAUGAAUGUUAGAUGUUUGUUAUUAUUCGAUGGCGCUUUACAAAGAGGUUUUAGCGUUAUUAGCCGGUUUGGUUGGGCUGUGUUGAAACUUACCGAAUGCAGGGGUCACAGUACAAAGGUAGCAAAUGAAUUUAUUUGAAGGAGAGACAUUUAUUAUCGCAUCGGUAAGGUUUCAAGCAGCCGUUUAGGUCCGUGUGUCAGUUGCGUUGUUUUUGUAAAUAUUCCUUUGUUUUAUAUACAAAUAUUUAAUAUGGAUUGUAUGAUCGGUCGGGUGACCUUCAGUCCAUGGGUUGACGAUUAAAAUUUUAUUGUAUCAAUGAAGUGUUGCAGGUGGUUGGUCCGCAGCGACAUGUACAUAACACGUAGGGGGUAAGUUGAGCAGCGGGGCAGACGAUCGCGAUGUUUAUUCCAUAAAUGUGCCUAAGGGUCCAACUGACCCAUUAACAAUGUUAGCUUCGAUAUUUAUAAUUAUAAUGACCGCAUCCACUCACUCAUACGACAAGGAUAUUGCUGUAGGUCGCACGUGUCCCGCUCUCAAAUAUAAUACGGUAGUUAGAUUUUUACACUAUCUUUAUAAACUCUUACUAUAAAUAACCUACGUCAUUGAUUUUCCACUUGUUCUUGUUGAAACUUGUGUAUCCAAAUUUAAUCGGGCGCAUCUGGCAAUGUUGUCAAUUCUACACUGUUAGUUAAUACUACUACUUCCCUCGUUCCAUGAAGCUGAAUGCUUUUAAUAAACUACUUAGACAGGAACUGCAUGGGAACCGUCCAUAGGCUUUUCUUUCUAGUUCUAUUUCGUUCGCACAUUACGUCUUCAUCACUCAAUCAUCGAAUUGAGAAAUACAAAUUUUGUAAAUUCAAUUGUUAAUACCCCCACGAAAAUUUUAUAUUGAUAACCCGCCUAUUUGACAUAGCAAUAAAUAGACUAGAAUAGAUAGUUAAAUAUUCGUAUGUUAAGCUUUAACAAGUCAACCAUUGUGAAGCUCAAAUGGUGGACGAACGCGACAAACUACAGAUUACGAAUGCGCACAAGUAUUCAGAUGAUAUAACUGCUUAAACAAAUACUCGACUCUUUCUUUUGUUAAUUAUAAAACGUAACUUUUAAAAAUAGAAGGUUAUUAAUGAUAAAAUUGUAAAAGUGAAAGCGACUGCACAAAAAGCUGACGAAGCAAGCAGUUCCAAAACACGACAUAUCGAUAGGUACCGGACAUUGAGUAGGUCAUUAUCUGUGAUAAGGGCAUGCUUAUGACGUAAUUAUAAAGUGUUUAUAGAAGCUCAUCUCUCUACAAUCACAGUUCUGUAUAUUGUAUAUUUAAGCUUGGAUUUGACUUUAGCCUUCUGUAGUUCGCUUAGCGGUGCCACUUUCGGUCAAACGGUUUCAAUACUUACUACUUCGUUCCGUUUAUAUUCAAAAUCUUCUCUUACGUUUAAAUUAUCUUUGAAAUCUUCAAAACUGUGCGAUCUAUAAGUGGCCAGUCUAUAAAAGUAAGAAUCGAAUGAAAUUUGCUCUAAAUCCAAAGUUUCUUUAUGGUGAUA